AUGCAGUGGUGCGGCUGCGACAACGACGUGCUGGGCGAGCAGCCUCCUCCGUCUGUGGGCCACCAGCUUGCGCUCGUCGGCAAGACCCUGCUCUACUCUGUGGGCGGCGAUGCUGACCUCUACGUGAUCGACAUCAAGGCGUUCGUGCCGGUGGCUGUCACCGAAUCCGGUCCCACCACUGUGCCGUUCGGCAAGGGCGCGGCAGCCUCCAGCUCGAGCUCGAGCUCCAGCUCCUCGUCAUCCGCCGAGUCCGCGCCGGCUGCCGCCGAACCCGAACCGGCAGCUCCGGCCGUGUCCGCACCGGCGCCGGCUAAGGCGACGCCAGUGGCCACGACUGCCGCCGCCGCCGCUCCUGCUGGUUCGGCGUCACCCGCGACGCCCAGGGCUAGCACCACCGCCGCCACGAGCAGCAGCAGCGCCAACAGCGGAGCGAGCGGCGCCGUCCUCGCGAGCCUGGCCAAGGUGGUCGAGGAGCGAAGCGCCGAGCUCACCGAGGUCAAGAAGAAGCUGGCCGAGAAGGAGCAGGAGGCUGCCGCCAAGGCCAAGGAGGCCGACGAGUUCCGAGCCCAGCUGGAAGACCUGAAGAAGCGCAGCGAGGGCCAGAACGUUGUGGCCCAGGCGAGAGACCAGGAGCUCGACGAUGCGCGCAAAGCCGCCGCCGAAGCCCAGACGCGUCUCACCCAGGAGCAGGAGAGGCGCCAGGCGCUCACCAAGGAGAAGCUGCGCGCCAAGGCUCGCGCUGCCGAGUCUGCCGAGCAGACAGCCAAGGAGGCCGCUGCCGCCAAGGCCGAGCUGACGACCGAGAAUCAGACCCUCCUCGCCCAGCUGCAGACCAAGAGCGAGGCGCUGGAGCUGGCCACGCUCAAGACCGCCGAGCAGGCGCAGGCCCAGGAGGGCCAGGCCGACGAGGAGAGGCAGAAGCUGCAGCAGGAGAUCGCCACCCUCCGCGCCGAAUCCGGGAACAAGGCCCGCCAGGCUCAGACCGAGAGCGAAAAGGCGCGCCACCUCGCCGAGCAGCUCGAAGCCGCCAAGAAGUCCCUCUCCGAUGCGCAGACCCGGUUGGAGGAGCAGACGGAGAAGGCCUCGUCGCUCGGACAGCAGGUGGAGGCCCUCACCGAUGAGGUCGGAGGCGUGAAGGCCCUCCUCGAGAAGGCCGUGGGCGACCGCGACGGCGAGCAGGCCAAGGCCGCCGACAGCCUCAAGCAGGAGCUUGCGGAGGCCCAACAGCGCGCCAAUGUCAGCCAGCAGCGCGUCGCCGAGCUGGAGACGGAGGUCAAGUCGCUCAACGGCCUCAUUGCCUCGCUCACCACCUCGGAGGCGUCCACUCGCUCGCAAGUGGCCGCGCUGCAGCAGGAGACCGACAAGAGCAACGCCACCAUCGUCCAGCUGCAGAAGGACAAGGCCGCCCUGCAGGCCGACCUCGAGAAGGCCCGCACGGCUGCCGCCAGCGCUGCCGCCGUCGACAACAGCGCCGAAAUCAAGCGUCUGCAGGCCGAGGUGACCUCGCUCGAGGGCGAGCUCGCCAACGACAGGAAGAAGCUGGAGAACGAGACCGCCAAGAGGGAGGAAGUCGAGCGGAGGCUGGCCGAGGCCAGGUCUGGCCAGUCCCCAACGGAGCUGCAGGCCAAGUUGGAGGAGUACCAGAGGCUCCUGGACGAAAAGUCUGCGCAGAUCGAACGUCUUGAGGGCGAGGUCGAGCAGUGGAUGGUCGCCUCGGAGCAGCUGCAGAAGCUGGGCGAGGAGGCCGUGGCCGAAGUGUCCGAGGAGGCUGAGUCGCUGAGGGAGGAGGUCAUCACUCUCACUCAGAAGUACGAGGAGGAGGUGCACAGGCGCAGGGAGGUUGAGGCCGAGCUCGCGCAACAUAUUGCCGAGUCCGAGAAGAAGCUGGGCGAGCUCGACGCUGUUCUGGGUCGCCUCAUGAACAUCGGCAAGUGA